CGCUGGAGAGCGAGCGAGAGAGAGGGAGAGGGGAGGCGAUGAGAGGAAGGUGCAAUAAACACACAGGGCGUCUGCGCCUAUCUAAGUAGGACAAUAAAGUGAUAACGGUAUCAAUGUGCUAACAAUGGAUUUGUCAGACAUGCUUCUUUUGAAAGUUUUCGUUUUUGUGUUUUUACUGAACGACGCCCAAGGACACUACAGAAAUUCCCUGAACAAGUACAUCCGUCACUAUGAAGGCCUUUCCUACGACACAGAGCUCGUGCACAGCAACCAUCAGCGGGCCAAGAGAGCGGUCUCCCAUGAAGACAAGUUCCUACAUUUAGAUUUUCACGCCCAUGGAAGGCAUUUUAAUUUACGAAUGAAGAGAGAUACAACCAUGUUUGCCCCUGAUUUGAAGGUAGAAGUUUCAGGAGGCGAGAUUCCAUUCGAUACCUCUCAUAUCUACACUGGAGAAAUCUAUGGUGAGAAAGGGACCCUGACUCAUGGCUCCAUUGUGGAGGGUAAGUUUGAGGGCUUCAUCCAGAGCUACCAGGGCGCUUACUACGUGGAGCCCGCUGAGAGAUACCUGCAGGGCAAAGACGUGCCCUUCCACUCAGUCAUCUACCACGAAGACGACAUACACUACCCGCACAAGUACGGCCCAGAGGGAGGCUGCGCUGAUAGCUCAGUGUUUGAGAGGAUGAAGAAGUACCAGACCUCAGCAGAGCCACCCAAGGAGCUUCACACCGAGGCGGGCUCUAAUGACCCCGUGCUGCUGAGGAAAAAGAGGAUGGCCCAGGUGGAGAAGAACACCUGCCAGCUUUUCAUUCAGACUGACCACCUCUUCUACAAGUACUACAAGUCCAGGGAGGCUGUCAUCGCUCAGAUCUCAAGUCAUGUCAAGGCCAUCGAUGCGAUCUAUCAGGGGACUGACUUCAUGGGCAUUCGCAACAUCAGCUUCAUGGUGAAAAGGAUCAGGAUAAACACCACCAGCGAUGAGAAGGACCGGUCCAACCCCUUCCGCUUUGCCAAUAUCGGCGUGGAGAAGUUCCUCGAGCUGAACUCCGAGCAGAACCAUGACGACUACUGCCUAGCUUACGUUUUCACCGACAGAGACUUCGAUGAUGGGGUGUUGGGUUUGGCCUGGGUGGGAGCCCCUUCAGGGAGCUCUGGAGGCAUCUGUGAAAAAAGCAAGCUGUACUCGGACGGAAAGAAGAAGUCUCUGAACACCGGUAUAAUCACCGUACAGAACUAUGCCUCCCACGUACCUCCCAAAGUCUCCCACAUCACCUUUGCUCACGAAGUAGGGCACAACUUUGGCUCCCCGCACGACUCUGGAUCCGAGUGCACUCCGGGAGAAUCCAAGAGCCAAGACAAGAAGGAGAAGGGAAAUUACAUCAUGUAUGCGAGAGCCACAUCGGGCGACAAGCUCAACAACAAUAAGUUCUCCAUCUGUAGCGUGCGCAACAUCAGCCAGGUGCUGGAGAAGAAGAGAAGCAACUGUUUCGUCGAGUCUGGGCAGCCCAUCUGUGGUAACGGCCUGGUGGAGCCGGGAGAGGAGUGUGACUGUGGCUACAGCGAUCAGUGCAGGGACCUGUGCUGCUAUGACGCCAACCAGCCCGACAACAGGAAAUGCAAAUUAAAGCCCAACAAAGUCUGCAGUCCCAGCCAGGGUCCUUGCUGUACUCACGACUGCUCUCACAAGGGCCGUAACGAGAAGUGCCGAGAGGAGUCCGAGUGCGCUCACCAGGGCAUGUGCAACGGAGUCGGUGCCCAGUGCCCCACGUCCGAGCCCAAGGCCAACUUCACCGCCUGCCACGGCGAGACUCAAGUCUGCCUCAACGGGGGCUGCUCCGGCUCCAUCUGCGAGAAGUACGGCCUCGAGGCCUGCACCUGUGCCAGCCAAGAUGGCAAGGACGAGACGGAGCUUUGCCACGUGUGUUGCAUGGAGAAGAUGAAUCCCAACACGUGCAGCAGCACCGGAUCAGAGCGGCUGGCUCGCUUCUUCAACAAGAAAGUCACCACGCUGCCAGCCGGCUCGCCCUGCAACGACUUCAAGGGCUACUGUGACGUGUUCAUGAAGUGCCGCCUGGUGGAUGCGGACGGACCGCUCGCCAGGCUGAAGAAGGCCAUCUUCAACCCGGAGCUCUAUGAAAACAUAGCCGAGUGGAUUGUGGCCCAUUGGUGGGCAGUGCUGCUGAUGGGUAUUGCUCUCAUCAUGCUGAUGGCUGGCUUCAUUAAGAUCUGCAGUGUGCACACACCGAGCAGCAACCCCAAACUUCCUCCUCCCAAACCACUUCCAGGCACCCUGAAGAGGCGGCGAGCGCAGCAGCACGCCAACGCCCAGGUGCAGAACCAGUCUGCGCACCCGCACGCCGGCCAGCGCCAGCCCCAGAGGCAGCCUCAGCGGCAGGCGCAGCCCCAGAGGCACCACCGUCAGCCCAGGGAGAACUAUCAGAUGGGCCAGAUGAGACGCUGAGAGAACCCCUCCCCCCUCACUCCCGCCUCCCCCCCCACCACCUCGCCCGCCUCCCCCAAUGCCUUGGCUCCUCCUCGUGCCUACAGUGGGAAACGAAUGCGUCACUCCAUCCAAAGAAAAGCCUGACAUGGUUGUUUAGUCGUCAUCACAUCCUCCAUCUACAGACCAAACGGAUGCGUGAGGGAGAGAGAGAACACUAUCUAGCAUCUGGGUUGGCUCUUUGUGGAGUGGACUCAACCAUCAGCCAUUUCCAAUGCAGUGCGAUCUAGCAUCUUUUCCACCCUUUAUUGUUUAUUUUUUUUGUUAAGGAGUGCCAAGGAGUUAAGGAUCAUGUGUAGCUUUAGUACCUUCUGUGAUGUCUUUUUUUUUUUUGUUCUAUUGCAAACGUCUUCUUGAGUGACACGCCCGUGGCUGCUGGUGAAUUGUUCCGUGAUUUUCUUUCGUCAGAAUGAGAGACACUCGGUGGGGAUUUGCGGCACUUUUGUGAUUCACACAUGUCAAACGGCAAAAGACACAGGCUGCGAUCUCCCGUGCAGACCGUCUUCUGCAUGUGACUGUACAUAUUUAGUGUAUCAUAAGUGAAAACAAACUAUUUCUUCUACUGUAAAUGUGUAAUUCUUCACUUUUUUUUUUUCUUUUUCGGUUAGUGCUCUCAGGACUCUUAACACUAAAUUGAAGGACUGAUGGUUGCGAUGAGUUCCUUGAGCGCUGCAGUUGAGAAUUUGGCGCCAUCAAGUUCUCCUCGCAGUCGUCCUAUCAGGUGGAUCUUUUUCACUUUUGUUUUUUGAACAACAAAUUCACCGUAUCUCACUUUUCCGGCCUUCUUCGUUCAAGGUCCCCUUUUCCAUCUUUUUUUUUUAAACUGUCUUGCUAACAUCCUGUUUUUUCGUACGUUGUGUAACAAGCUAGAGGUCACAGGAACAGAAAAGGAAGACCAGCUAGUUUGGUACACCUUUUUACUGUCUUACCGAAUUUGUUUUGGAUAAUGAAGAAUGGGAAACCACUAACUGAAGAUGAGGACCAUUCUACCUGUUGAGAAAUGAAGACGAGGGAACGUGAAGGCUGCAGUGGCUUAGCUUAGAAGUGAGAGUGUGUCAUGUUACAGAGUUAGUUUACAUGAGUGUGGAAAUAAAUUUAAAAAUGACUCCGGUGUGGAUGUACAAAAAUAAAUGUAAGAUUAAAUCAUUCUAUUAUUCUUCAGAUAGCGAGUCUAAGAACUUUUCAAUGUGGGCAUGCGGACACAUUUAUUAAAUGUGACUUUUAAUUGACCGAGGUCUGUAAUAUUUGUAUGUCACACAACACUUAUUUACUUUGACAGCUAUAAAUGUUAGUCUUAGAACAGGUGGAAGGAGCAGCGGAACGUUCAUACAUUUCCUCAGUGUGUUCACCAGUAUCACAGAGACGAGCUGCUGUUUUUACUUCACAUUUUAAACUCACCUGCAGAUGUCACCUCGGACUAAAUCCCCUUAAGAGCACACGAGUGCAGGAGUCAACAUCAGAGUGCCAUAAAGAUGUGGGCACAUUCCUUUUACUGCACAGUUUUUCUUUAGAAAUAUCCAGGAGUCACUUGUGAUGUUUCCGAAGCCACUUUUAAUGUCAGAAAUAAAGGAAAUUUGUGAUUUCUUUUUGCUGUUGGAAGUUUGACCUCUGGUAUUUUCUUCUUCAGCUCGCUUCGGAUUUGGGUGAAAUCGUGUUCAUUUGGGAUUGUACACAAGCUACAUUUUGUGACUUCACUUUAUUCUGGCAUUAUUAUUGACCGCAUGCGAUACUACCCACAGCUGAGAUCGCCUGAUGGCUGCGAUCGUCACUUCUCAUGAUGACCUGUGCUCUGGAGGGGGAAUAAUGAACGUGUUUGUUUCACAUGGAAGGUGAAUAGGUCAGCGGCCCCUAUAACUCUCAUUUCUGUAUAAAAUGGAACUGUUUUUAAAUUCCAUCUCCCAGGCGUGAUCACGCCUGUUGAGCAAAGAGUUUAAAUGUAAACUUGUACAGUACUUCAAAAAAAGUUGCAUUUCAUUUGAAAAAUUGAAAAAUUACAUUUUGAUACAUCCGUUUGAUUUUUUUUUUUUCUAUUCUAAUUCCAGAGUAAGUUGUUCAAAGAUGUUCAUAUGUGAGUUAUUUAAGUUCUUUCAUGUGCUUGUUGAACUAGAGUUUGCUUAUGAUACUUUUUCCACCGUCAUCAAUGGUAAAAACAAUUCAGGGUGAUGGAGUCAAUGUUACAUUCUCAUUUUUGUCUGUGUUCCCCUGUGGCAUGGUUUGGGUAGAAGAGCAGAAGAAUAAUGCUUGUAAAUUUACUUUGUUUAUAAUUUCGUAGUCUUGGUAAAGUUUUUAGAUAAACGUGCACUGAAACUGUCCAGAUUGAGUUGCAAUGUUGUAGGUGAUGUAGGCCGAAAGAACACAGGAUUAAAAAGUAAUACUACUGUCUGAUUUUAAUGUUCACUGUGUUUUAUACAGUAUCGAAAUUUUUUGUUCACUUUGAACAUUUUUACUAAAGAAAAAAAAAAAAAUUCAAAUUGUAUUGUGCAAAGAGAUGUAAUUUUUGGAGUACUUGAAAUGCAUUAAUUAAAAGACUCGUUCAAAAUAAAAUAGACCCCGGUUUACUGUC